AUGUCAGCAAGAAGACCCCGUUCAAAAGGGAAACGACAAGAUUCUGAGAAAAAAGUGGUUAAGCAAGAAGAGACAGAAGAUCCAGUAAUUACUGAACUUAAGGCCACAAACGAAUCUUUGAAAAGUCAAAAUGAAGCUCUGCAAGAAACUGUAAAUCAUUAUCAUAACAAGCUGCAUGCAGUUAUUCAGCAUAUCUUGAAUAACAAUCUGGACAACUAUGAACCUGCUGCGGACACAUCGCUCAUCAACAUCCCGGAGUCAGACGUGACAAGGCUAAUCACCAGCUUGAACAUUGCAGCGACAUCCAUGUUUCAACUUUACCAGGGCAGACUAGAGCACCUGCAGGAACAACUAGCACAGCUGAACUCUGAACUGGUGAAGGUGCUGGCCUUGAAAGUGAACACCGAAAGAGGACUACACAACAUGCAGAAACUGGGCACCGUAGAUGACCUCAAGGUGGCUGCCAAGAGAUUGUGGUACAAUAACUACAGCACACAUCUUUGUGUACCACCUGACCUCCCUAGCCAGGAGACAGCUGCCUUCACACAAUUGCCAAAAAGUGCUGUGGUCUCUCGUCCUGCGUCUGCUGCAGUCGGACAGGGCCAGGCUUUAGAAACGGUACAAGAAGCCAUACCUGCCAUGUAUCUCAGUGUUUUAAACCCAAAAACUCGGAGUAUCACCAUAACACCUGGCGAUGUGGAAGAACCUAUGCAGCCACCGGAACAGAAAAUGGCGGGUGAGACACACAUUUUCCACAUGCACGUAGGUCUACGAAGCUUAGUCAUCAGAGAGUUGAGCCAACAGAAAGGCAAUGCCAACGACUGGAGGCUCAUGGCCACACGAGUGGGGAUCCCCGAGUCUCUGGUCCAGCAGUGGAUCAAAAUGCGAGCCCCAAACGCCAUGGCCCUGGUGAUGAGAGUUUGGGGGGACAGCAGCGGCGCUACCGUCAGAAUGCUUCACAGACACCUGGUCUCCCCUCAGAUGAAAGCCGCCAUCUUGGCGAAGAGAAUCUCUGACUUUUACCAAGUUGAUUAG